AAUAUCUCUGCAAAGGACAACCACCAGUCGAAAGCGAUGAAAGACAGGGAGUGCAUUCCCGGACCCAAACCUCUGCCGGUGGUGGGAAAUCUGUUCGACAUCGACCUCGACCAUGGCCUACAGUCCGUUAUUAAGAUGGCCGAUGAAUUCGGACCCCUCUUCCAAAUCAGCAUCAACGGCGAGAAGCUCAUAUUUGCCACCAGCCAAGCCCUGGUCGAUGAGCUCUGUGACGAAACCCGCUUCCACAAGGCCGUCGUCGCUGGAGUCGAAAAGUUACGAAUGCUGGUCAAUGACGGCCUCUUCACUGCCUACCACGGAGAGCGCGGCUGGGGUAUUGCCCAUCGGAUUCUGAUGCCUGCCUUAGGCCCGCUACGUAUCCGAGACAUGUUCGAUGAUAUGAACGAUGUCGCACAACAGUUGUGUUACAAGUGGGCCCGCCAGGGAAGUUCGACCAGUAUCAAUAUCAGUGAUGACUUUACACGCCUCACAUUAGACACCAUCGCCCUCUGCACGAUGGACUUCCGGCUGAAUAGUUUUUACCACAGCGAGACUAUACAUCCGUUCGUACAAUCCAUGCUGUACGUGCUGAAGGAAGCCGACAUACAGGCCACACUUCCGGGUAUCGCGAACUCCAUACGCGUCAAGGCGCAGCGGCGCAUGUCCAAGCACAUUGAGGCAAUGAGGAGCAUGGCCCGCGACAUUAUCAAAGAGCGCAGAGACAAACUAGAGUCGGUCGACGACCUCCUAAACACGCUGCUGAACGGGCGCGACCCAGUUACCGGCGAAGGCAUGAGCGAUGACUUGAUCAUCAGUAAUAUCAUCACCUUUCUGAUCGCGGGCCAUGAGACUACCUCCGGCCUGCUCUCGUUUACAUUCUACUACCUAGUGCAACACCCACGCGUACUCGAUCGGGCCCGGAACGAAGUUGAUGAGGUCGCCGGCAUAGACCCGAUCACAAUAGACCAUCUUGCAAGGCUUCCCUACAUCGACGCCAUCAUGAAGGAGAGUCUGCGUCUGAUGCCUACCGCUCCGGGCUUCAGUGUCAACCCGAAGAAGACGGAGCUGCUGGGCGGCAAAUGGACGAUCACUCCCACACAGUCCAUCAAUGUGCUGCUUCCUGUCUGUCAGCGAGACCAGGCCGUCUUUGGGCCCGACGCAGGGGAGUUCCGCCCGGAGCGCAUGCUGGAAGAGAACUUCUCCAAGCUCCCACCAAACUCGUGGAAGCCCUUUGGCAACGGUCAACGGGGCUGCAUUGGAAGGGCUUUUGCCUGGCAGGAAGCCCAACUGGUGGUUGCCUUGGUCCUUCAAACGUUUGACUUGGUGGCAGAUGACCCGUCAUAUAAACUGCACAUCAAAGAGACUCUCACUAUCAAGCCGGAUGGCUUCCGGGUCCGAGCCACAUUGCGUCACGGCCAGAGUGCUACGGGGCUAUCCCAGCGGAGGAUGUCGGAGGGCGCUGCUGCGAGCCUGGUAUCGUCAACUCAUCCUGCCGGGAACGGGAACGAGCAGCAGGCAGCGACAGGGGGGCCGGUUUCCUUCUUCUACGGCUCCAACAGCGGAACAUGCAAAGCUCUCGCCCACCGGCUGGCGUCAACCAUGAUGGCCCGCGGCUUUACCAACCAGAAGCUUGCCCCACUCGACAGUGCCGUCGACAACCUACCGAGAGAUCAGCCGGUGAUCAUUGUAACAACCACCUACGACGGGCAGCCCACGGACGAUGCAAGGAAGUUUGUUGCCUGGCUGGAAAGUGACAAUGUUCCGUCUCUUCAAGGUGUCUCCUACGCAGUCUUUGGCUGCGGCCACCAAGACUGGACCAAAACAUUCUAUCGCGUCCCGAUCUUGAUCGACCACCUGAUGCACAAGGCCGGAGCCAAGCGUCUUGCGACACGAGGCGCAGGCAAUGCCGCCGUCACCGAUCUUUUCUCAGAUCUCGAAGCGUGGGAAGAAACCAGCCUGUUGCCUGCCCUCCGCGAGACUUUCCUCCCAUCUAAUAGUGGCGACAUCGAACCACUCGACCCACACCAGCUCCAAAUCCACCUCAGCAAGCCCACACGAGUGGGCUUGCACCAGGACCUCGUCGAGGCCAAGGUGACUGCCGUCCGGAUUCUCAACCAGCCCCGCAUCACGAUCAAGUCGUUCAACGCGCUCGGCCUUCCCCAUGCCACACCUGUGUCGGCGGGCGACCUGUUCAGCUCGUAUCUAGAGCUGUCCCAACCGGCAACGCGGAAUAAUCUCAAAGCACUCGUCUCGUCCGCACCGUCGGAUGUGGACAAACAAGAGCUCCUCCGUUUCCAGCAUUCCUACGACUCACUCAUAAAAAAUAAGCGAGUCUCAGUCUUGGAUCUCCUCGAACAAUUCCCCUCCAUCGCACUCCCUCUCUCUACAUUUAUCCCUAUGCUUCCCCCAUUGCGCGUCCGCACGUACUCCCUUUCCAUGGCCCCCUCCUUCAAACCCUCGCAUGGCUCUCUCACCUUCUCCGUUGUCAACGAGCCAGCAUGGAACGGAAAUGGCCGGUAUCUGGGCGUUGGAUCGAACUAUCUAGCCUCGCUAACAUCAGGGUCCAUUCUCUACAUAUCUCCCAGACCGGCUAAAGACGCUUUCCAUCUCCCGAUGGACCAUUCCAGCAAGCCAAUUAUCAUGGUCUGCGCGGGAAGCGGCCUUGCCCCCUUCCGCAGCUUUAUUCAGGAACGCAUGGCCUGGUUGGAACAGGGCAAACCACUCGCAAAGGCGCUGUUAUUUUUCGGCUGUCGUAGUUCCCAUGCGGAUGAUCUUUACCACGAGGAGUUGUCCGAGUUCGAAUCCGCGGGCGUCGUCGAGGUCCGGAGGGCGUACAGUCGCGCUCCAGACCACUACCUGGCCAAGGGAUGUCGGUAUGUGCAACACCGGUUGGAGGCAGAAACUCAGGCUAUCCAGGAUCUGUGGGCUCAACAUGCGAAAUUCUAUGUCUGUGGUUUGGGGAUAUGGCCAGGGGGGUCAAGGCCGUGUUGGAGACUAUGCUGGGGACGUUGUCUGAGGAGCGAUAUGUUACGGAGAUUUUCUAGAUGGCCAUUGCUUUUUGUCCUGUUUUUCUGUGUUCUAAAUUGGAUGUUAGCAAUUUUUUGCAUCUUUUUGUAA